CACCCGUCUCGGCCUCCCAAAGUGCUGGGAUUACAGGCUUGAGCCACCGCGCCCGGCCACUAGUGGCAUUUCUAAGGGGAGGGAUUGUGGUUCGAAGGGUCUGUGGCCCAGAACAGGUGAAACAAGGCCUCAGCCUUGGGUUUGACGGGAUUUCUCUACAGCAAAAUGUGGGGCUAACUUGGCAGAGGGCAGCACCGCUAGGUUCUAAGGCCUCCACUCCCUGGGUCUGCCACAGAUCAGGCUGAGUGGGGGACAGAGAUGCCCAGCCCUAGAAUCUUCCUGGAAGAAGACUGGGUUUUUCCCAUUCCCAAUGGAGGGUUCCCCUGUCUGCUGUGUGGGUGGCCCCAACUGUGCCUGAGAAUGAAGUCUGGGGCCUUUCCGGGAUUAUAGAGAACACCAGGGUUAGAGCCGGGAGGCCCUUCAGUCAUCACUGGAUCUAUGGUGUAACCCAGGCACAGAGAGGCCAGGGGGUGAGUCCAAGGUCACCCAGCCAGGGAAAGGCAGAGGCUGUGUGGGCCAAUCCUGCCUGUGACAUUCAGGUCUGUGCUUCUUCCCUGACAGAGCACCAUGAGAUGAGCAGGAGAGGCCCUUGGGAGGAGGCGAGACUGCCUGUUGCUGCUGGGCUCUCCCGGUGCGGCUGAGGUGGGGGUGUACCGAGCAGAGGCCGCAGCCCGGGUGGGCGUGCCAUCCUCACACCUCACUGCAUCUUGCGACAUCACCUCCUGCUGGCUGCAUCCUCACAGCAGGUUGUAGCCAACAGUCCCAGAAUUCUGAAUACAGCAGCGGUGACGGGACUACGAGGCGGCACCGCAGGAUGUGGUCACUAGAGGGCAGCAGGAAAGCCACUGCGGUGGCUCAGCAGGAAGAAGUUCCCAGGCCAGGAGAGAAGCUGCAGGAAGAAGGGGCGGACUUGAUUUCUCCAUCUGAACAGUGGGAGUGAGGACCCUGACCUCCGAGAGUGCUUAUGGGGAAUAACACGGUGCUAGAAGCUGGGUGAGCUGAGCCAGGCAGCACUGCGGGUUUGGGAAAUGAGGAUCCACUCACCCACUCCCAAAGGAGUCAUGCCAAAUAGUGGGGUGUGGGAAGAAUCUUCACAAAGCACUUGAGUUCACCCCAUUAGCUGUGAACCAACAGAUCCACAGGACCAGAUAGCAAAGGGAGGAACAUGCUUUAAGUCUCAGAAGCAUCUGCCUGCCCAGUCCCCGUCAUGCUGAUUCACAAAUGGGCUGGGGCCAGUAACGGAAUGCAUGUUUGGAGGCCAAAUACGUUUAAGCUGGAGGAACAGGAAGCCAAAUCUCCUUAGAGGGAAAGAGCUGGACUCUGGGGAACCUACCAGAUGAGGGUUAAAGCAGGCCUGAGAGCUCAGGCCGGUUCCUCUACCUCUGUGCCUCGGCUUUCUCGCCUGUGAAGUGGGCAGAUACUGACUUUUACAUUUGGUUCUUGCUAGAAGGACAUGAGCUGAUGCAGGGGAGGGGCUUGGCACAAUAGAUGUUAACGGAGAUAAUGUGAUGAUCUUGGUGUUUUAAUUCAGACUCUGUGAGUUGCAUCAAGGUCAGGAAUGCUCCCUGGUCCACUUUUGCUUUGAGUUUCAGGUAGCUGGUGUCACUUCGGUGUGGUUUGAAGAAGAGUUUCUCCCCAGCUGCGUUGGAGGUGCCCUUUUGACCUGGAGGCCUGGGGUGAGCCCCCUUGCCCUUGCUGACUUCUGCUAACCUGCUUCCUGGGGGAAUCGCUGCACAAGUUGAAUUUUAAAGGUCUGCUGGCCACAGGGCUGCCGCACUGGCUGGGACUGCCAGCUGGACCUGGAGACGCUGGUGGCUGUGGACUCCCCAGCUUGGAGCAGCCCCUCUUUGACCUCGCCCCGUGGAGAAGCAGCCCCAUGAAGGUGCCCAGCCAUGCAAUGUUCCUGGAAGGCCGUCCUCCUCCUUGCCCUGGCCUCCAUUGCCAUCCAGUACACGGCCAUCCGCACCUUCACCGCCAAGUCCUUUCACACCUGCCCCGGGCUGGCGGAGGCCGGGCUGGCCGAGCGACUGUGCGAGGAGAGCCCCACCUUCGCCUACAACCUUUCCCGCAAGACCCACAUCCUCAUUCUGGCCACUACGCGCAGCGGCUCCUCCUUCGUGGGCCAGCUCUUCAACCAGCACCUGGACGUCUUCUACCUGUUUGAGCCCCUCUACCACGUCCAGAACACGCUCAUCCCCCGCUUCACCCAGGGCAAGAGCCCCGCCGACCGGCGGGUCAUGCUGGGCGCCAGCCGAGACCUCCUGCGGAGCCUCUACGACUGCGACCUCUACUUCCUGGAAAACUACAUCAAGCCGCCGCCGGUCAACCACACCACCGACAGGAUCUUUCGCCGCGGGGCCAGCCGGGUCCUCUGCUCCCGGCCUGUGUGCGACCCUCCGGGGCCAGCCGACCUGGUCCUGGAGGAGGGGGACUGCGUGCGCAAGUGCGGGCUGCUCAACCUGACGGUGGCGGCAGAGGCGUGCCGCGAGCGCAGCCACGUGGCCAUCAAGACGGUGCGCGUGCCCGAGGUGAACGACCUGCGCGCCCUGGUGGAAGACCCGCGGUUAAACCUCAAGGUCAUCCAGCUGGUCCGAGACCCCCGCGGCAUUCUGGCUUCGCGCAGCGAGACCUUCCGGGACACGUACCGGCUCUGGCGGCUCUGGUACGGCACGGGGAGGAAACCCUACAACCUGGACGUGACGCAGCUGACCACGGUGUGCGAGGACUUCUCCAACUCCGUGUCCACCGGCCUCAUGCGGCCCCCGUGGCUCAAGGGCAAGUACAUGUUGGUGCGCUACGAGGACCUGGCCCGGAAUCCCAUGAAGAAGACCGAGGAGAUCUACGGGUUCCUGGGCAUCCCGCUGGACAGCCACGUGGCCCGCUGGAUCCAGAACAACACGCGGGGCGACCCCACCCUGGGCAAGCACAAAUACGGCACCGUGCGAAACUCGGCUGCCACGGCCGAGAAGUGGCGCUUCCGCCUCUCCUACGACAUCGUGGCCUUUGCCCAGAACGCCUGCCAGCAGGUGCUGGCCCAGCUGGGCUACAAGAUCGCCGCCUCGGAGGAGGAGCUGAAGAACCCCUCGGUCAGCCUGGUGGAGGAGCGGGACUUCCGCCCCUUCUCGUGACCCGGGCGGCGCGGGUGGGGGCGGGAGGCGCACGGUGUAGAUUUUGAUAAAAUGGACCGUUUUUAACUGUUGCCUUAUUUCCCCCUCCCUCCCCCACCUCAUCUUCGUGUCCCUCCUGCCCUCAGCUCACCCCACUCCCUUCUGCCCCUUUUUGUCUCUGAAAUUUGCACUACGUCUUGGACGGGAAUCACUGGGGCAGAGGGCGCGUGAAGUGGGGUCCCGCCCCCACCCCACCCCAUUCAGACACACGGAUAUUGGGUCUCUGUGCGGACGGUGACAAUGUUUACAAGCACCACACUUACACAUCCACACACGCACACGGGCACCCGCGAGGCGACUUCUCAAGCUUUUGAAUGGGUGAGUGGUCGGGUAUCUAGUUUUUGCACUGUCUUACUAUUCAAGGUAAGAGGAUACAAACAAGAGGACCACUUGUCUCUAAUUUAUGAAUGGUGUCCAUCCUUUCCCCAUCCCUGCUUCCUGCCCCUGACACCCACUUUCCCCCUUAGAGCAGCGAAACUGCCCCCUCCUGCCCGCCCUUGCCUGUCGGUGAGGCAGAUUUUUACUGUGAGGUGAACGUGGACCUGUUUCUGUUUCCAGUCUGUGGUGAUGCUGUCUGUCUGUCUGAGUCUCGUGGCCGCCCCUGGACCAGUGAUGACUGAUGAAUCUUAUGAGCUUCUGAUUGAUCUCGGGGUCCAUCUGUGAUAUUUCUUUGUGCCAAAAAGAAAAAAAAAGAGUGGAUCAGUUUGCUAAAUGAACAUUGAAAUGCUUUAUGUGUGUUUUCUGUAAAUAAAAGAGUGCAAUAAUC